AGGGGGAGAAGUGAUGGAGCGUCCCUGCUGGAAAAUCACAAGGCAUUGGAUUUUUGAGUUCUCCCCCUCCAUCCUGACGCUGUGUCUCGCGCAUUCCAGGCUGUCCCCUCGCAGGGAGCGUUUGCCAUGGACACUGGGCACGUGAGCAGAUCCCGCUUCAGUGUGGCCUCCAGCCCGCCGCGGUGGGAGAUCGGGCUCUAUGCCGCCGGCGCCUUAGCGCUGCUGGGAAUCGCAGCCAUCAACCUGUGGAAGCUGUGGCGCUCCGGGAGCUACCCGGCCCCUUCCCCCUUCCCGAACUAUGACUACCGGUACCUGGAGCAGAAGUACGGAGCGGCGUGCCCGGACAUCAGGAACAAGCGAGGGCUGGCCCCGGGCUCGCAGCGGGCGCCAGGUCGGAGCUCUUCGUCCCGCAAGAGCAGCCUGAGGGCAGAGGACACCUUGGAGAGCAUCCAGGAGCUGGGCAGCCUGGAGCUGAUGGGCAGAGACCUGGGCCUGGCCCACUGCGGCCCCCUGCGGAAAUCCAUCUCGGCCGACUCCCUCAACUCCAUCUCGUCCAUCGGGAACAACUUCGGGCAGGAUUUCACGGUGGGGCAGGUGGAGGUGUGCAUGGAGUACGACGGGAGGGCGGCCGCCCUGCACGUCACGCUGCUGCAGGGCAAGGACCUGCUGGAGAAGGAAGACACGCGCUUCGAGUCCUGCUUCAUGCGGAUCAGCCUCCUGCCGGCCGAGCAGAUCGUCGGCAUCUCCCGGAUCCAGAGGAGCUCCUACUCCGUGGCCUUCGACGAGCGCUUCUCGGUGCCGCUGGAUCCGGCGGCGCUGGAGGAGAACAGCCUGCGCUUCUCCGUCUUCGGCGUCGACGAGGACGAGCGCAGCGUCAGCACCGGCGUGGCCGAGCUCAAGCUCUCCGACCUGGACCUGGCCACGCGUCCCUUCAACGCCUGGCUCUACCUGCAGGACACCAACAAGGCGGUGGACACGGUGGGGGAGAUCCUGCUCUCCCUGAGCUACCUGCCCACGGCCGAGCGGCUCACCGUGGUGGUGGUCAAAGCCAAGAACCUGGUGUGGAGCAAUGGGAAGGUGACCGCAGAUCCCUUCGUCAAGGUGUACCUGCUGCAGGACGGGAGGAAGAUCAGCAAGAAGAAGACAGCGGUGAAGAGGGGAGACACCAACCCUGUGUUCAACGAGGCCAUGAUCUUCUCCGUGCCCGCCAUCGUGCUCCAGGAGCUGUCCCUGCGCGUGACGGUGGCUGAGAGCGGCGAGGACGGGCGCGGUGACAACACGGGCCACGUGCUGAUCGGGCCGGCGGCCAGCGGCAUGGGCACCACGCACUGGAACCAGAUGCUGGCCACGCUCCGCAAGCCCGUCUCCAUGUGGCACCCGCUGCGCAGGAAUUAGGAUCCCCGGAUCCUGGGGACAGCGGGCCCGCAGUAGGGACUUGGUGGCACCCACAAGGCCGAGCUGCUGAGGGGCCCAAAACACCCGGAGCACGGAGAGAGUGGCUCCGUGGGCACAUUCCGGGUCACCCCCGCAUGCGCCGGGCCAGAGCCGCCAGGCAGGAGCCAAAUGGACCAAAACCAGCAGGAACCUCCCCAAACCGCAUCUCCCGAGCAUUCCAUGUGCUCCCAACGGCCUCAAAAUCCACGGAAUCCUCAAACGGGGACUCUGAGCGAGGGAGAGGGGGGGAUUCCUUUGGAAGAUGGUUCUUGGGUGGGAAUCGUGAGGGGGGUGACAAAAGCCAGCCUGGCGUGGGUGGCGAUCCUGAUGGGAUCUUUUGUAGCGACUUUGGUGUGCUGUGCCAGGGUUGGAAUGUUUCCAGUGAGAAUGGAAAAAGGGAGCAAUAACAGCAGAAAAUCAAUUGUUACAUACGGCUUCUCCUCCCAUCUGUUCCCCCACACAGUAAAUCCCUGCCCAUCUCCACUGGCUGCAUAGGUAGGGAUUGGUUUCCAACCACUUGGUUUCCACCCUCUUGGGUUUGAGGUCAGAUCCAUGCUGGGAAUCAUCCCCUAAAGGUCCAGUAGGAUCAGUGGCAGCUUUUCUCACCCCAGCCACUUUUCCAACCCAAACUCGCCAUCAGAGUGCUCAGGACAGCACUCCAAAUUCCUGCUCCUUAACACAACUCUCACAACUGGGGAUUGUUUUUUCCAGCCUCUAAUCCUGGACUUGGGCUGCGAUUUACCCUAAAACUCAUUAUAUCCAAGAUUUGGGAAUAGAGAGGAACAUCUUGGCCUUGUGACCCAAGGCAGGUGGGAAAGGUCCCUAAUUUUAUAAUUUUUAAGCCCAACUCCUGUUUCAGAAGGAAGCCUGUGUGGCUCCUGUCUGCUGGUGGGCUCUGGCCCAAGCCAGGUUUGGGAUUUUUGGGGAGCUAAUUCCCACUCUGGUUUAUGGAGGGUGAUGGAGCCUCUCAUGGCACAGGCUGGAGAGCAGAGAAUGCACUGGGGCCACAUCCCUCCUUGCCUGGAGCCUUGGCUUUUCCCUGCCUGCAGGAUGCUGGUGGGAAGCCAGGCUGGGAAAUCGGGGGGUGUCUGGGACCCCGUGCCAUGGAAUUGGCACCAUUGGAUGAGCAUGGGCUGGGAUGUGGCUGCUUGGAUGAUCUGAGCAGGGAAAAAGGUGCGAAUGAGCCAUUUAUCUGUUUUUCCCUGAUUAAAAAGUAACUCCCAAGGUGAGUUAUCCCCUGAGCCAGUGGAACUUUUCCCUCCCCAUCUGUCCUGCAUGACCUUCCCUUUGGGACAUGGCUGUGAUGUCCCUGUUCCAUCAUCCCCCUCUGCUCUGGCUCAUCCUCCCCAUCUCCACUCACUGGUGCCCAGAUUCCCUUGUCCCACACUUCCUCCUCCCCACCUCUCCCUGUCCCACCUGCUGCCAGGGGAGCCAGUGCCAUCCCUCCAUGGGUGAUGCACAACACCAAGGCCCGAGCCAAGCAUGGAGGGGUUUGAAGGAUGAGGUUUUCUGAAGGAUGAGGAAGUUUUUGUGGGAAGUUGUUCACAGCCAGUACUCACAGCCCAUGAGGUUUGAGGGAAAAUUUGCUUAUUAGCUUAUUCCAGCCAAGUAUUUGGGAAGAGAUGGACACAGAAAUCCUUGGCUGUCUGGCAGCUCCUGCUAACUGCUGAGCUUUACUUGGGAUGAGGUGAACGAGUUCCACAGGUGCUGGAAUCUGUGAUGUUUAGCCCCAGAAGGAUGGGGAACGUGUGGGUUAGGCAUUUUUAUAGUGCUCCUCUCCAGCCAUUCCUAUUUGGAGGCACCUCUGCACCUUCUCCUUUACCCUGGGGACAAUAAAUGCUGCUGGAGCCAUUUGAGGGGGGGAUGGAUGGACCCUGUGUGAAGGAUUAGGAAAGGGUCCAGGAUGGACACGAGGCUACCUCCCACCUGAAAAGCUCACAUAGCUGUACCUGCUGCCACUGUGGGCUUUCCCAGUGGGAAUCAGCCUCCAAGGAGCUCUGUGGGAAGGGCAGGACAGCUCUGGGAAGGGACAGGCAGCAGUGAGGAGGGAGACCUCCCAGUAUCACAGGAAGGCUCUCCCAAGGAAAUGGUUCCACGUGCUGGAGCAGCUCCUCGUGGUGCCAACAUGGUUUCCCAUCCCUAUUCCCAUCCCCAGGCACACCUGGAGCAGGGCUGAGCCCCCUCCUGAGUCCCUGGCCCAAGUGGAGAGGGAAUGGCUGCCGUGUGAACAGGCUGGCUCCCUCCAGCUCUGAGC